AUGAACUCAACGUACCCUCAAAUGUCUUUGAAAACUAUUUAUUUUGCCGCCAUUAAACCUUCGUCCAAAGGAGACACUUACACUAUAUUCAAUAACUACGGGAAUUGUAACAAUAGCAGUACAACGUACACGAACAAUUCGAAGUCGUGUGUACCUCCACCGCCGGUUGAGUGCGAAAGGACAUGCGAAUUUGUAAUCUGCGAAACGAUACCAGCCGGACUUACAUUUAACUCUUCGUAUCCGAUAUUUAACAAAACCACAGAUUGUUGGAUGAGGCUUAUGAACGAAGCUCAAGAAGAAAUUCUUAUCGGCAGUUAUUAUUGGUCUUUACUUGUGAACGAUACUGGUGACAACUACACGACAGACACGACAAAUACUUCCGGAGACGGUGAACUCAUCUACAAUACGUUGUUAGCUACUGCUCAAAGAGGGAUUGACAUCAGAAUAGCGCAGACGUAUCAGGACGGUGGUUAUCCUGAGACAACAAAUCUAGCAGCAAAUUCAAAUGGAAUGAUAAAAGUACGAUCACUUGAUUUCACACAAUGGUACCCUGGAGGGAUUCUACACACUAAAUCAUGGGUUGUCGAUGGAAAGCAUAUGUAUGUUGGAUCGGCCAACUUUGAUUGGAGAGCCCUCACUCAAGUCAGGGAGCUGGGAUUGGCUGUCUUCAACUGUCCAUGCCUUGCUAAUGAUUUGACAAGAUUGCUUGAGAUUUAUUGGGAAAUGGGAGCACCAGGGGCGAAAAUUCCGAGCAGCUGGCCUGAUAAUUUGGCCACUCCAGCCUACCAUGAAAGACCUACCACUGUGCCUCAAACGAACGGAGAUCAAGCAGUAUAUAUCUCGGCUUCUCCACCAGGAUUUCAGUCUUGUGGACGAGAAGACGAUUUGGAUGCUAUGGUAAAAGUGAUAGAUGAGGCGCAGACCACAUUGGACCUGGCUGUGAUGGACUACGCUCCAUGCUCACUCUACAUGAACCCAUUAAACAAGUGGUACAGCAGACUGGAUGAUGCGAUUCGAAGAGCUGCUUUUGAACGACAAGUGAAGGUUCGCUUCCUUUACUCUAGAUGGGCACACACUGCUGCUAAGUACUACUCCUAUCUGCACUCCUUAGCCGAUCUCAGUAGUCAGCUGCAAUGCGUGUACACAGAUGGAAAAUGCUCAAGCAGGGGUUCAAUUACUAUACGGAUUAUUCAAGUGCCUGAUAUGCAGUACGGUAGCAUACCGUACUCAAGAGUUUACCAUAAUAAGUAUUUUGUCACGGAGAAAGCGGUUUAUGUAGGUACGUCGAACUGGACGCCGGACUACUGGUGGUUUACAGCUGGAAUUGGUAUGGUGGUGAAACCGGACGAUAUCAGUCAGCAAUCCUAUCUUGUCAACCAAUUUUCUCAGAUAUUCGAAAGAGAUUGGAAUUCCAACUACACGAUUCCGUUAUCGUACUUUGACAACAAUGGAAAAUGGACAAAUGGAACCAAGACGUUAUGA